AGAAGAUGAAGAAACAUCUUCCCUCCUAGAGCAGGAAAGCUCAUUAACAGCUGAUCAGACGGUGGCGAUGGCUGCAAUUCGCAGCCUCCUCGCCUUUCUCCUCCUUUUCCUUACCACCCUUCUCGUCUCCGUGGCCACCGCGCUCCUCAGGGAUGUCGAGGCCACGGCCAAGAACUCAAACUCGCCGGCGAGGUGGACGUUCUCCGCGGAUCGUCGGCGGCUCGCGAGGAAUUCUCCCGGCAAUGGUGACGGCACGAACAGCAGCGGCAGUGCUUUCGAUUUGUCCGGCCAAAGUCACGCGGACAUCGCGGACGACCUGAAGGAAAGCACUUUCAACCAAUCCUUUAAAGAUGAUGACGGCAGUCAAAUGACUCUGGCCUGGGUUGGCAACAAGUCCGGGGUUGUGUUGGCAUUAACAGCAAGAGACUUCAAUGUGCCAUUCUUGCAGCUGUUGUUUGAUAGAAGCAAACUCUACAUAAGUACGGAUUAUGGCAAAACUUACAAGGACAUCACGGAUCAGAUAGGAUAUGGCAUGAUCAGAAAUGAUCACUCCAUCAUCUCUCAUCCACUGAAUCCACAACGGGUUGUGCUGCUGACGGAACAGUUGGGGCGCGCCCUCCUCUACUUCCUGGUGACCUCCAAGGACGGAGGUUUGAACUUUACGGCCCAGCUUAUACCGUUCGCUCCAAUGACCAAGUUCUCUUUCCAUCCGAUAAACCCCGACGUUCUCGUGUGCAUCAGCCUCAACGCUUCGCUCUUCAUCACGAAAGACUUUGGGAUUACCUGGCGUUUAAUUCAUAGCCAUGUCAUCACAUAUAAAUGGGCAGAGGAUGGAUCACUCUUCCUUACAACGACAGGUGACGAGAAUCCACAAUUCAGCAGACAGUGGCUGCAACUGAAGAAGUCCAUCGAUUAUGGAGAUACGUUCUUGACAAUGGCCAGUGGAAUUCAAGAGUUUGGAGUGGCCGGUCACUUCAUGUACUCGAGUGUGCUUUAUCAAAAUGCCAGACUAGUUUUGCACAUCUCCAUCGAUGGAGGCAAAAACUGGAACAUAGCUCAGCUGGCGCCCUCUAACGUGUCACGGAUAUAUGCCGUGCUGUGGUAUGAUGAAGACAUGUUGUUUAUGCAUGUUGAUGACCCGGAAGUGAAGACCUAUGGAUGCAUCUACACUUCGGACAGGCGUGGAAUCAUCUUCUCCAAGUCGCUCGACAGACACUUCUUCACCACGUUCUUGUUCAACACCGACUUCACCCCCGUCGCCUCAAUGAAGGGGGUCUACAUCACCACCCGCAUCGCAGAAGACAACAGAGUGCAGUCACGAAUCACCUUCAACCGCGGGGGACAGUGGCAACCUAUUUUGAAACCCAAGAACGUGGAAUGCAAAGCAGAUGUUUCGGAGUCAGAUUGUGCCCUUCACAUCCAUGGGAAAUACACAAUCCUGCAGGACAGCAGUGUACCCCAGCUACUGCUCAGUGAGCAAAAUGCUAUCGGACUUAUUAUUGCACAUGGAAAUGUGGGCGCAUCGCUGAAUGUGACCGAGCGAGACGUCUACCUGUCUGAAGACGGUGGCUACACCUGGAGCCGAGUGCUGCAGGGCCCCCACUACUACAGCAUCCUGGACUCAGGGGGGCUCAUCGUGGCUGUGCCAUUCAGCUAUAGCCACACUCCAGGAGUUAUUCACUUUUCAACCGAUGCGGGGCAGACUUGGCACGAGUUUCUCUUUUCGCCAGAGAACCUCAUGGUCAAGGGGCUUGUGUCAGAACCAGGUGCCAAGUCCACUCACGUGAGUGUGUGGGGGCACCACUUGAAGAUGACCAACCCAGUCCGCGUUGACCUUGUCUGGGUCAGCUACACGAUCGACUUCGGCAUCCUGCUGAAACGAAACUGCACGGAUGAAGACUUUGAACCGUGGUUGGCACAUUGGAUGGAGGGUCCCACCAACCAGUCAAGCGGCUGUGUCCUGGGAGUCAAGCGAACAUUCCGCAUGCUCAAGAAGAACUCUUCGUGUUUGAAGGGACCUGACUACUUUCCCAAUGAGACCCUUGGCUACUGCCCGUGCACAGAAGAAGACUACAUGUGUGACUUUGGAUACUACAAAGAUAGUGGCAAAUGUGUAGAAGAGUGGAAAUUCAACAAAACCUCGCUGCACGUGUGCGUUACUGAAGGGGAGCAGCUGAUCGAGACAGAGGGGUAUCGCAAGGUGCCAGGAGACAAAUGCGAGGGAGGGCUGCAGCACAACAGCACGAGGAAGGUGACGUCGAUAGCGUGCACGCACACCCUCAUCAAAACCCAGGUCGACCCGGUGUUCACGACAACGGCGUCGUCGUCGGAGCCAAGCUCGCAGAAGCGCACAUCAAACAACCACGGGGGAGUGAUCGCUCUCGUCGUUCUUUUCGUCUUGGUCGUCAUCGGCGUGCUCGUCAUUGCGGCGAGGAGGAGCCAAGCCUUCAAGGACCGAUGUAACUCCAUUCGAUACCUGAUUCUACGAGAAGAACAAGUCAAUCUCUAAAGCCAUUCGCAGGAAGAGACCCAGGAGCCUUGCUGCCCCGUUCAAGUGAGACCUUUUUUUGCAACAAAACAGAAAGGUGGUGAAGGUUUCCCAUGGUUAUCUCACGCACAUCCCGACACGGCUGCAGCAUGUAAACACGUGGUUAUCAAUGCACAAAGUCUGACUAGAGUUGGUUUGAGGUUCUAUUACGGGUUAUCUCGCGCAAAAACCCAGCUUUGGAUUUGCACGCACGACUUCACGGCACAGAUUUGGAUUGUGUUUUGCUGUGCACGUGAUUAAAAAAAAUGCAUUCCGGUAUAUAAUUCGUUUGCCUAAAUUACAUAAAAAAUGCCAAUUGUGCUUGCAGUGGUGUUUGCAUUCAUAGCUUCCAAAAUGAUCUUAUCAAGCUGCUGGUGUUAAUCAGAUACAUUAUUACAAAUUACAGAGAAGUCUUCUGCUAUAGGCUGCGACUAUCAAAAUAGAAUUGCUGAUGCACUCGACAUGAAGCCAUUUGCAUCGCAGCAGGGAGGACACACGUACGAAGUUACGCGUUGUUUAAUAGUUAAAAAAGCGAUAAGUGAUUUCCUGCUCAAAAAAGAGGCAGUGCUCAACUCCCACUCGCAGGCUUGAGCCAUUGGUGGAAAUUCCUCAUUCCUAUGGUGGCAACAAGUCCCCUCCACAGGAUAACCUCCUCUCAAAGUGGUGCUUUAUGGGUUGCCUGGAGUGAUUAUAGGCCGAAUUGGUUCAUAUCACUGUUUCAUUGACCACGGACAAUGUGAUCUUUAGGCAUCAACUAUUAUUUCAUCUUGAUAUGCGAGCUAGUGAUUUGGCUAAAUUUGAACAAUUUGCUCGGGUGUUUCCUUAACAAGAAAGGUACGAGUGAGUUUAACGCUGACAAUGUAAAAAAGUGCGUCGGUUAAUUCUGCCUUUUAACAACCGGGGGGAGGGGCGGUGGGGUGUCCUGCAAAGUCGAUAACGCACGAAUAUUUCUUUUCAGAUUGCGAAUGUAAGCUUCAUUGGAACAGCUUAUGAUCCAUUUUUGAUAGUUUAUUGUAUCAUCCCCUUGCAGAUGGCCACGCAAUGAACGUAUCAGUUAACUUGGUUUGUCAACUUUAUCUGCCUACUUUCUGGACAAUUAAAUGUCUUGCGUUAACGAGUUUUUCAGCGCACACGUCGGUUGUUUCACAGAGAUUGUGUACAAGAGCACACGCACUUGCACCCACAUGACCCGACAAACUUGUAAUUUAAUCAAAAUCAUCCAAAGUUUAAGCCUUUGCCUUAUAAAUAUGUCUGUAUGUGCAUCGACUGCUGGUAAUUUACAUAAUUCCUAGCUUGUUAUUUCACUGUAAUAAAAAUCACGAUAUUUGAUUACUUAUUUACACGCAUUAUUCAAAUGCCCGAAUUUUGUGUGUCAUUUAGCGCAGGGUAAAGGACUAUCGAGUAUGCGCAGUUUGUGUGGUAUGGCAACUUGUUUUCCAGCGUGUUGUUUUGCUUGUGAAGCCUCGCGAUAUUUAAGUGAAAACACAGCCGAUCUCAGCGUGGAUUAUUUUCUAGAUUUUGGUGGAAGGCCAGAGGGAUAUUGGAAGCCUUUGGCGACAAUUCUAUCCCACUUAAAUAUCUUUUAGCAUGGAUUAUAUUUCAAAAGGGAGAGGGGUAAACAUAGUUCCCUCCGUUUAUGAUUAUUGUUCAUCUUACACUUUAUUGAAUACUCUUUUAUAGCUGAUACUGACAACAGAAACUAGCCUAUUGCUUUACGUGGCAAGAACUUUACAACAGCUACUACACAUUGGUAAUUACCAUUAUUGUGAGGCUAUAGAAAUUGAGCAAUUGCUAUUUGUAAAAUGCGUGGCGAUUUCUCAGCUACACACGAACAUUCUUAAAUGCAUAUAAUUGUACAAAUCCUCAUACAUCCAUGCGCGAUAGAUUACCUACUGAAACGGUGUAACAAUUACAGUUCUCUAUCUUCCGGUAUUGUUGCAGAUGAGACGAAUCUGUUACCUAAAUACCUGCACAAACAUCCUGAUGGCAAUGGAAAAAAUAACAUCAACAGGUCAAUACAGUUGGUGUUAACAGUGCUGCAGGUUUAUAUGCCUACAGAUAUUUAGGCUUUGCCAUCUGCACGAUACGGGAACGCUAACUACGGCACUUUGGGCACGUGGCUCCUCGCUUGCCCUUGGCUAGCUCUGCCUGCCAGGUUCUCUGUGCGAGAUAAUCUCGUGGGUGGAGGAGGACAAAGACCUUGGCCACAGGCAGUAUGGAUGAACGUAUCGGAUUGACCACUACCGUUGAGAUUUGGGGGAUCGAAAGGGGGCACAGCUCAUUGGCUUUGCCAAGUACCCCGAGGAAUUGGCGCCAGAUGGUGGAUGCUGCCACGCACGCUGUCUCGGCGUAUGCUCCCACACUUGACUUGAAGUCCAUUAAAAAUACAUUUAUCCCAGAAGUGCAUUUCGCAGUUGAGGAAAUGCUUCGAUGUGGCGAGCGGGUUGCACGCAAAUAACCGUGCGGCACGGGUGGCAUGCAGUAGCAGGAGAGAUAACAUGAGGUUCAGCGGCUCUGACGAGCGGCAAUAGCACGAGCAUAGCGGCGCAAGUGAUGGUGCAGGGAUUGCAGUGAGGCAGACGGACAAACAGCGCAGGUGAGAAUGUCGCUUUGCAGAUGGGCACUUUAGCUUCGUGCAGUGGUUCUUAAAGUGUGGUCCGCUCUGAUCUUUCAGGUCGUCCGCGGGGCUGUGAUGCAAAUGCAGGUUGAUCUGGAACUAAUUAAUAUUUUGGUCAUGAUAUUUAAUUAACAAAAAAAAUUAGGUUAGGUAAACUUCACUGAUUAAACUACCCUAACCGAAAGGUAAUUUUUUUUACAUUUGUUAUGCUAAUGUAAAUCAUUUUGUAUUGCUGGUGUUUGGGGAGAUAAGCGAAUGCGUUUUGUCACCAGCAGAGGGGGUGCUGGCUGGUCCGUGAAAUGUUUGAGAAAGGUAGAAAUGACCUACCUACUGACUUGUUAAUUUAGAAUGUGUUAGAGUACGCUUCGUUGAGGUUAUUAAAACCCCGAAAAUGGCUCUGGAAAGUACAAGGCAUCGUUAAAGCCAUAGUUUAUGAAGCUGUAAUAUAUUUCACAUCUGCACUAUAAGAUAAAUGGCACUGUAUAGAGGUAGCUUCCAAUAUCACCACAAAAGUGUAAAUAGCUCGUGUGAAUUUGAAUUAUUAGAAACUAUAUAUCAUACAAUAUAUUGGUAUGGCAGAAUUAUAUAACUGUUUUAUUUGGUGUGAAUAUAUGGUUCGUAACUUUACCUUAACAUUUUAAAAUGUUUUCGUUUGCUUAAGGGAAUUUACAUUUAAGACUUUUAGGGGUAUUAAAAUAUAAAUAUGCAUUCAUAGGAAACUAAGCAAGCGGUACAAUCAAGGCGCUUGAUGUCUUUGAGUUGCACAAAGGGGAACACGAGAGAACGUAUGCCGGAUAGACAACGUCGUUUAAUAAAAGUGCGUUCAAGUAGGACACGUUCCUCGGAGGGAUGGCACAUGGUCGAGACUAAUGAUGGAGUGGCAACCAAGGGAUGGAACGCCCCAAAUAGUCUCACGGAAUUGGAGCAAUGAAAUCACUUCGUGUGUGUAGGUGCCAUGUGAUUUGUUAGAUUGCAGGGUGAUGGGAGAGAGCAAUGGCCUUGGAGAAGGCCUUCAAGGCUGAUGAUGAAAAUGAUGGUGACCAUAGAAAAACACAGUAAUUGCUUUGUUGUGAGCAAGUGGAGGAAUUGUCCAGGCUUUUUGCUGGUUAAGCUCAGGACUCGCGCAAUGGCCGUUAUGUAAAACCAGGUGGGAGCACGUUGAGAGCCGUAGUAGUAGUAUGAGGCCUUGGUUUAAAUACAGUGAAGCUGCAAGUUCAACAAUUUGGGAAUGUUGCAGCAAUUUAGGAAUGUAUAAUUAUGCUUUUAUUUUACAUAGCGUCAUUCAUGCUAAUAGCAUCCAAUAACGCUGUAUAUUAAUUAUAUAUGGAGACCAAAUCCCAUUUACAGCACUACCAAGCAAAUGAAAACCCUACUACUGCAAAGCUAAAUAAAAAAAAAUGAAUAAACAAAUUUAGAAAUGGCACCAAAACAAAGAGCAUAAACAGUUUAUCACAACAGAGAAAUUAGUCCAUUCAAUCACAUCCCACGUUUGAGAUUUUAAAAAAAACUUAUCUUGCGUGCCUUAUUUUAAUGUUACUAUCUACUUUUUGCUAAGCAUAGGUAAGGCCUGCCAUUGUGAUUUUGAUCAAGGGACAGGCUCUGGGCGAUGGUUAUGAUGGCAUGCUAAAGGGACCGCAUUAUGGUCAGACUUGUUAUGGCUGUAUUUAGUUAGUCCGUAUCGUACUGUAAAGCCUCGGCUUGUUUUGGUUGACAGGCUUGUACAUUUUAUGGCUGGGCGAUAAGGUUGUUAUGGUCCUGGCUUGGCAUUUGGAUUACGGCAAAAAAAGUCCUAUGUAACCAGAGUUGUGGUUUGCUUCACGAUGUGUCUCUUUGUGCAUGGUGUAAAAUUAUGACGCAUGGUUGAUGGAUUCACGAUAGCAUCGUGUGUGUGACACUCUCCUGGCAGGAGAUCGGGUGCCUUUUUAAAAGGCA